CCUCCUUUCCCCCUUAACCCACCGUCGCACUCUCAACCACCACACUCGCAGCUCCAACUCCAGUCCCACCCGCACUCCCUCCCCCCAGGCCUCGGCCCGUCGUCGCACCAGCACCCACACCCACAUUCGUCGUCCUUGCCUUCGAGCGCGCUCUCGACGCCGCAUCCUGGUGCAGGCGGGGGCGGUAUGGGUAUGAAUGCGAAUGUGAAUAUGAAUGUGGGUGGGGGUGGGGAGGCGCGGAUGCAGCAGCCUACGGCGGUGCCGAUCGCGAUGCGUGUGGCUAUGCCUAUUGCGCUGCCUGUGUCGAAUUCAAAGUCGUCUGGGGGAGGAGGGGGAGAGGAGGGAGGGGGCGGGGUGCAUCGGCAGCGCAUAUGGGAGGAUGGAGUGGGGGAGGAUGGGGUUGGGGGAGGGAGGGAGAGGGAGGCGAACCCGACUAUGAAUGCUCAUCCUCAUAUGAACGCCAAUACCAAUGCCAAUUCCAACGCCAACGUUAACAUGAAUGCGACCCCGAAUGCGAAUGCGAAUGCGAAUGUAAAGGGAGGUCCGAUGGCGGAUGCGUCUGUGAAGACGUGGGAGGGUUUGGGCGUAGAAGAGGUGGAAAAAGUGGUGGUUAGCUUGGGGACGUUUGUUUUUCCGAAGACGCCUUUUCCGUAUUAUUUUCCGACUUUGGACGUUUCGACGACGUCGGCGACAGCCGCAACGCAAUUAAAGACAGCUGAGGCUUCGACCUCUGGACCUGCUCCUGAUCUUGGUUCCGCCGCUGCAUCAUCGUCAGGUUCGGCUCAACAGCCGAGGGGUGGACAGGAGGGUGUGUCUGCUAAUUCGAACGGAAACACCCCACGGGAACGGACGUGCAAAGAAAGAAAAAGAAGUCCAAGCGACCAUCCUAAUCCCCAACUCCCACCUCCCCUCCGCUCGCCCCCAACGCCCCUACCUCUGGGGCGGCGGCAUCCCCUAUCCCCCUCCCCCGCACUCAGCCUUCCGCAGACGGGUAUACACAGACGACUCUGA